CGUUACAUCAGGGCAAGAACUAUUCAAUGCUCUAUAUAAACGCUCCAUUCUCUGCGGAUAUCAAUCUUCAAAGUCCCAAUUUUUCUAUCACACACUGAAAACCCAUUUAUCUGAUCUGCUCUGCCACAAAUACAAUGGCAAUUUGCUUUGAGAAUCACAGACCCAAAACAUCAACAAAUCGGUCUUCUCAAAAUGAUGGUACGUCUCUAUACAAGUGUAGAAAAUUCUUAAUACCCGAUAUCUCUGAAAUUGCACCAUGUUCUUCUUUUAAUCAAGAUCAAUUCAAGAGACCCAUUGCUCAAAAGGAUGAAGUUUGGUUGAAGAUACGUGAAGAAGCUACAAAUGAUGUCGAAGAAGAGCCCAUUCUGUCAGAAUAUUAUUUCAGGUCAAUUCAAUCUCAUUGUUCUUUGGAAAGUUCAUUAGCUAAUCAUUUAGCAAUGAAACUAAGCAACUCAAAUCUUCAAACCAACAUACUUUGUGAAAUCUUCAUGGGUAUUUUUAAUGAAGAUCAAGAAAUUAGAAAAUCAAUUAGAUUUGAUUUAAGUGCUGUUAAAGAAAGAGACCCAGCUUGUAUUAGUUAUGUUCAUUGCAUUUUAAACUUCAAAGGGUUCUUGGCAAUUCAAUCACAUAGGAUUGCACACAAAUUAUGGUCACAAGAUAGGAAAACACUAGCUCUUUUGAUUCAGAAUAGAGUAUCUGAAGUAUUUGGAGUUGAUAUUCAUCCCGGUGCGAAAAUCGGGCAUGGGAUACUACUCGAUCAUGCAACCGGUGUUGUUAUCGGCGAAACAGCGGUGAUCGGAAACAAUGUGUCGAUUCUGCAUAAUGUGACAUUGGGUGGAACAGGAAAAGUUUGUGGUGAUAGACACCCAAAAAUUGGCGAUGGUGUUUUAAUAGGCGCAUGCACAUCAAUCUUAGGCAAUGUUAGAAUUGGUGAAGGUGCUAAAAUUGGUGCAGGAUCAGUUGUUUUAAAAGAUGUACCAGCAAGAACUACUGCUGUUGGUAAUCCUGCUAGACUACUAGGAGGUAAAGAAAAUCCAAUGAAGUUAGAUAAAAUUCCUAGCUUAACAAUGGAUCAUACUUCAUUUUUAUGUAAUUCCCCUGAUUAUGUAAUUUGAAUAGAAGUUUAAAAAUUAGUUUUAGUAAGUUGGGUUAUCCAUUAUGGCACUAUGAGAGUUAGUGGGGUAAUUAAACUUAAGAAAAUGUAAUGACAAAAUCAUAAAAUAAAGUGAAAUCCAUUAUCUUUUUCUUCCA